CCCGACUUUUCUUCAAAAAGCUUGGCUGUCUGUCUGAAAAUGAGUUGCCGAGGCCAUUCGCGCUGGUGUUAAGAUAAAGCGAACGACACUUUGAUCCGAGCCUGAGCUGGUCUCCUUGACCGCGCCGAUGAGUGGUGGAAUCCCACACGAGGCUGUGCCAGUCUCUGUGAUCGUUUUGUUGUACUCCGUGAUAUGCUUCACUCUAUGUUUUCUCCUGGUCCUUCUCCUCAUUAGUUUUGGCGAAAGAUGGACGUAUGUUACAGUAUUCUCGGCAUUUACAGCACUGAGUACACUUGGCUCAAUAACUCAACAGCUUCAUUACGCAACAUCUUGGGUUAUCAUCAAAGAAGCACAAUUUCAUAAAGCUGUUGAAAGUUUGGAUCAUCCAGGUCUGGCUCUCGGCGGCGCUGCUCAGCCUGUAGAUGUAGUCCUCUUCUUCAUUCAGUUCUACUGCUACAACGUCAUGGCUCUUAACAUCCUAUUCUGGGCUAUUCAAUUAUUUAUUGGGUCCUGGGAUAUUCGCUCAAAUUGGCUUGGCAAUUGGCAUGACCGUGGGCCGUUGAUAUCCAAGGUGUUCUCGAUAAUCUUCCCUGGGCUUAUCGUUGGCCUGUUGAAUAUCCAAGCCGUGACCGACAACACUGCAGCGUUCAUUAUCGUUGCAUAUGUCGCGAUGUUUACAAGUCUCUCUAUGGGAGGCGUCCUUCUCAUAUUGAUUCUUUACAAAUAUGUGAAGACUCGUCGCUUAGUUGCUGGGUAUUCAAGAAGAGGGCGUUGGUGGGGCUCAUCCUCAGAGACAAGUAAUGAUCGAUCGAGGGCCACGACAGACUUUAGCCAGCAAACUACGGUAGAGUCAGGAGUUACUUCCAGUACAAAAAGGUCGAUUUAUGAUCGGGCGUUACUGAUUAGAUUCUCAAUCGGGUUUACAAUUCUCGCUGUUUUUGAGGUUGCCAUCAUAGUAUUUACUCUAUUUCAAGCGAACAAUAACGCUUCGAUAGCUGCUUCAGGAGCCCCUAACUUCUCAGUCUCAAGUACCAUCGCAGACAUCGUUUUAUUUAUUCCUGGCGUCACUGCUUCACUCGUAGCUUUCUUGGUUUUCGGUACAACGAAGUCAUGGCGCCAAUAUUGGGAUCUCGUGUCUGGAGGCUGCGGAGUGAAAAGAAAACUCGUUAUGAGGAAGGUGCGGAGAAGCGAGGAGGAGAGCCGAAGUCAAGGUCUGGAAUUCCAAAGACUCGACAGUCUUCCACAUCGCGAAUCAGAGGAGAUAAGACGAAAAGACGCCGAAAACAGAGUACGAAUGUUCGUGAAAGAGGCUGGACCUCAAGACUUCGAUGAAUCAGACUCCCCAACGAACUCUGGGCCAUCGACUCAUGUCAGAGCGGAAAUCGUGGGUCGCUCAGUUCAGUUUCACAAACCGAUGCCAGCGGAAAAAUUUGCUCCUAAGCAGCCAUCACCCGGGGUCAUUGAAGUUAGUUUCUCAGUCAAUCAAGAGGACGAAGUCAUACAAUAUGAGGGGAAUGGAGGAAAUCAGCAUGGACAGGCGCGGCACGUUGCAGAACCCAGGAGUCCAACUAGAUCGGAAGCUGAGAGCGACACCAUCGAACUCGUGCCCCGAGAUCCAAACCGGAAUACGCAAUGGCCGAGUGUACCGGGAGAUUGAGAGUCUGAAGGGACGAUGAUAUGAAGCCUUGCGUAAGAUUUAUCUCCAUGGAUUUUGGACAUUGCAGCUGGAUUGUGCAGUACCGGAAGCCGAAAGCGGUCGGGCCAGCCCGAGUUAUCUCGAAAGGGGUGCUUUCAGACUGGCAACAGUCAGCAGUCGAUGCAGUGAAUUCAUAGAUAGCCUCAUAUUUACCCAGACGAGGAAGCUUUUCCAGGCACCCAAUCUGAGAAUGGUAAAGUCCGUGGAUGUAAGCCAUUUUCAGUUGGCGGCAGGCUUCUUUUGUUCGCCCUAGGCAGAUCCGGGGUCGGGCGUGAAGAGUCUGAAAGCGCUUAGGCUGACCGAGCACUUGACUCUAACUGGUGGCUGUUUACGACGACGUUGUAGUG